AAAAAAACUCUACUUAAACACCAAAUAGAAUACGUAUUUUUUUUUUACAGUUAUUCGAAUUUGCAGUUUAAAAAUGGCAUUGGAAGCUUAUACAUCACAAAUUACUGACAAAAUCCACACUGAUGUUCUCACUAAAGCUAGAAUUUCUUGCUACAAGGCGAGAGAUGCAUUUUACUCAUGCCUGGAGAAAGAAGCAAACAAGAAGCCUACUGAAAUCGCGACUGUCGGGCUGUUAUACCCAGUUGACUGCAAGAAAACUAGGCAGGAAUAUGUGAAGCAAUGCAGACCAACUUGGGUGAAGCAUUUUGAUAGGCAGUACUGUUCUAAGAAGAAAGUUCAGAGACUUUUGGAUGAUAAUGAUCAAUCAAGGAGAGGUCCGUUGUCACUUCCACAGCCUUAUACUUUCAAACCCCCUUGUUCUUGUUGAUAGCACAUUUGUGGCUAUUCUGGAUAUCGACAAGUGGUUUCUCGACAUUGGUCUUUGGUAAAAUUUUGCGUUUGUAUAGUGAUGGGAAACUUUCAAUUACAUCAUGAGUAGUUGUAAAAAGUAAAAUUGGUAGGUGAGGAGCAAUGAAUUGUGUAUGUGUGGUUUACAAAAGCAAUAACAUGCUUAUUGGAUUUUCACCAUCUUAUUGCGCUGGCUUUUUAUCUAUUAUGUUUUCAUGUGAAUGGUUAGUAAUAAGUCUUGAUUAGUGAAACUUAGUAGUUUAUUGGA